AGCUUUUCAGUAAAUGCACUCAUGCUGCUCCAGGAGCUCUUCUCUGCAACAAGCCGCCCAUCUGCCAUCAACAAGUUAAGACCGAGAGAAUUAACAGCUGCGGAAAGGAAAGCCUGAAGCUUUGAUUAACCAGCUGAGCAGUCAGAGAAGGAAAAAAUUAAUAACUCCUAUUCAAAACUGAUUUAGGGGACCAGAUCAGUCACGGUAAAUGAAGCCAAUGCUUUCCAUAGGAAUAUCCUAAGGAAAAAAACGAACAACUCUCCCUGGUGGAUUCAAUUUUACUCGGAAAGACUGGGACACAGAAAACAGGAAACUGGUCAAAGGCUCCUGCAUGUUAGAGCCUUUUACAGACUCACUGCGUUGAGUCUAAGAACCGCGACUGAAUGCAGCCUCCAAUGUGCUCAGAAGAAUGGGCUUACAUUUCAAGUGGCCAUUAGGGGCCCCUAUGCUGGCAGCAAUAUAUGCAAUGAGUAUGGUGUUAAAAAUGCUGCCUGCCCUGGGUAUGGCGUGUCCACCCAAAUGCCGCUGCGAGAAGCUGCUCUUCUACUGUGACUCUCAGGGCUUCCACUCGGUGCCAAACGCCACAGACAAGGGCUCCAUGGGCCUGUCCCUGAGGCACAAUCACAUCGCAGAGCUCGAAAGGGAUCAAUUUGCCAGCUUCAGUCAACUUACCUGGCUCCACUUAGACCACAAUCAAAUUUCAACAAUAAAAGAAGAUGCUUUUCAAGGACUGUAUAAACUUAAGGAAUUGAUCUUGAGUUCCAACAAAAUAUUUUACUUGCCAAACACAACUUUUACCCAACUGAUCAAUCUGCAAAACUUGGACCUGUCUUUUAAUCAGCUGUCAUCUCUGCAUCCAGAGCUUUUCUAUGGUCUUCGGAAGCUGCAGACCUUGCAUUUAAGGUCCAACUCCCUGCGGACUAUUCCAGUACGCUUGUUCUGGGACUGUCGUAGUCUCGAGUUUCUGGAUUUGAGCACAAAUCGUUUGCGAAGUUUGGCUCGCAAUGGAUUUGCAGGAUUAAUCAAACUGAGAGAGCUUCACUUAGAGCACAACCAGCUGACGAAGAUUAAUUUUGCUCAUUUCCUACGGCUAAGCAGUCUGCACACGCUCUUCUUACAAUGGAACAAAAUUAGCAAUUUGACAUGUGGGAUGGAGUGGACCUGGGGCACUUUAGAAAAGCUAGACCUGACUGGAAAUGAAAUCAAAGCCAUUGAUUUGACAGUGUUUGAAACGAUGCCUAAUCUUAAAAUACUCCUCAUGGAUAAUAACAAGUUAAGUAGCCUUGAUUCCAAGAUCUUAAACUCCCUGAGAUCCCUCAAGACCAUUGGCCUUUCUGGCAAUCUGUGGGAAUGCAGCCCCCAAAUAUGUGCUUUGGCCUCCUGGCUGGGCAGUUUCCAAGGUCGGUGGGAGCAUUCCAUCCUAUGUCACAGCCCUGACCACACCCAAGGAGAGGAUAUUCUAGAUGCAGUCCAUGGGUUUCAGCUCUGCUGGAAUUUAUCAACCACUGUCACUGCCAUGGCUACAACUUACAGAGAUCCAACCACUGAAUAUACAAAAAGAAUAAGCUCAUCAAGUUACCAUGUGGGAGACAAAGAAAUCCCAACUACUGCAGGCAUAGCAGUUACUACUGAGGAACAUUUUCCCGAACCAGACAAUGCCAUCUUCACUCAGCGGGUAAUUACAGGAACAAUGGCUUUAUUGUUUUCUUUCUUUUUUAUUAUUUUUAUAGUGUUCAUCUCCAGGAAGUGCUGCCCUCCCACUUUAAGAAGAAUUAGGCAGUGCUCAAUGAUUCAGAACCACAGGCAGCUCCGAUCCCAAACACGACUCCAUAUGUCAAACAUGUCAGACCAAGGACCGUAUAAUGAAUAUGAACCCACCCAUGAAGGACCCUUCAUCAUCAUUAACGGUUAUGGACAGUGCAAGUGUCAGCAGCUGCCAUAUAAAGAAUGUGAAGUAUAAUAUCUACCCAUCAUCAAAAAUCACAUCAGAUAAGUAACCUAUUUUACAUAGUAGGGGCUAAAUACAUAUCUAAUUUUUACCAAUGGUGACAUUAAGCCUAAUUUUCCAAAACAAGUGGAGACUUAGUUUUUGAAGUGUUGAAGUAUUUUUAAUUUUUUAACAAAACCAUAUUUUAAGUGUUAAAUGAGGCAAUGCUCACAUUAAUUUGCACUCCUGUUGAAAAGUCUUAAAAUGCUCACUUCAAAAUAAGACUGUAAUUAUCUAUGUAAUUAUAUACUAUCAUGUGUAAACAUUUACACUAAGGUCUCCAUAUGCUAUUUUUUCUACUGAAAGCAGUUUGUUAAGAAGCUACCAGUUAGAAAAAGAUAGGGAUCAAUACUUGUUUGAUCUUUGCUCUCCAUCCCACAUACCACAAAUGGCUUGCUGCUUAAAAGGAAACUUAGCAAAGCUCUCUUGUAUGAUAAUUUGUUAUUAACUCAAAUCUAUAAUCUACUGCCAGUAUAGGAGGUAAAAUUUCAUCUCUGCUGAAGACUGGUAAAUAUUAAACACUCUUCCAGAGUUUUUUGCCUAGAUAUUAUCAAAGUUCCCAUCAUGAAAUCAGAACCCUUUAUGUAAUUCUAAUAAGCUGAGUGACUUUAAUGUAUUUAACCAAUGACUCCAAGUGACUGUGAAAAGGUCUCAUUACAAUGAAUCAAUACUAAAUAAUUACACUGAUUUCUUAUCAUACAUCUCUAGUUUGACUUAUAAUAUACAUGUUGGUUUUUGCGGCAUUUAGACAAUUAUUUUAAACUAGCACUAACUGCCAUUUUGCGAAUUAAUUUACUAAAGCCUAUAUUUACAUUUAAAUAUGAAAAAAUUAUUUAAGAGAAGAAAAAGGAUUGUCAAUUUAACAAUCCUAUAACAUGUUUCCUCCAGCUUGAAAGCACACACACAUAGUCAUGAUCAAAGAUGCCUUGACAAACGGAUUUAAACCUUUCUUCUGCCUUUUCCUGAUCUUCAAACCUCAGAGAGUCAAAUCAGAAAUAACUGGCUAGAAACAGGCAUAACACUGAUUCUUGUUAGAUUAUAAAGGAACCAUGAAAAAAAUCGCUUCCAUAAAUUAUUACACACUAAACUUGGACCUUUUAAUAAAGAUACACAUUCACACUGUAAGGGUGAAGGGAACAACGUAUUGCUGAGGUGAACCUUCCGAUGGGUGAAACACUGCACGUGCCUAUGCAGCCACAGAACAGGAACUUGAAGGCGACUGGAGAGGAGGGGAAAGGAGGAAAGGAAAUAUUUUGAAAAUCUGACUCUUGCAGAAGCAGGCUAACUGAAGUUAAAAGGCAGCUAAGAGGGAGGCAAAUGGGUAACUGUAUACAAUCUGAAUCAAACAGGACAAGGCCCCAGGAUUUGUGGCUGGGAGUUUUCCAAUAGGGUUAAUACAAGCAUUCCAUAAUUCACAAAUGAUAAUGGUGCCACAUUUUUCAUGAAGAACCACAAGUGUUUAUUUUCUUCAAUUAGGAUUUCUAUGGAGAAAUUAUGACGUAUUUGGGAUUUAGCUACAAGUUACAAAUUCACCCUUACAAUUUUUCCAUAAAUAAGAUUCUAUGUAUGUAGUAGCAAAAAACUGUGAAAUCAGAACAUACACUUGAUUUUUAGAUGAGCAUUUUUACAACCACAUUAUUUGAAGGGAAAAAAAAGCAUAAAUCAUUAUAGAAAACCACUACCACAUCCACAAAAAAAGUUGUUUUUCUCCUUCACAUGACUAUUAACAAUAUUCGUCAUUCAAGGCAUAUUUUCUUCCCAGGACUGAAUCAAAAGCAUUUUAAGAUUACAGUUUAAGCCAUAGGAUUUAAUCAUAUCUUUUUUCUUCUUUAAUAUUGAGAGUAGUGUCUAUGUUUCAAAGAAAAUGUAUCUCAGUAAAAAAGCAAAUAAGAUACACAUUAUGGUUAAAAUGUACUCUAAACUUUUUAAGGUUGGUAGAUUACUUUGGCAAAGUCUCAGCCUAGCUGAGUGCAGCUGAUCAUGAGCCGCAUUUCAUCUCCUGUUAAACCAGACCCUGGGCUUGUCUGUGCUGAUUCUACAAGAUAGAUCACAACUCACUGCUUCCCCACAGAGGAGCUAGAUCAGAAGCUCCCUACAAAUGAGAGCUUCAUGAGGUACAAUUUACCAAUUAUUUCUCAGACAACCACAGCCAUUUGUCAGGGGAUAGCUUGGUCACGACACAACUGUGCCCUGAGAACACAAGAUUCCACCAGCCCUGAAGGAUACUGGAGAAAGAGAAAUUUCCAUUAUUUCAGCCACAACCAAAAUUAAUUCAAACUGUGAACAGAAGAGUGAGAAAUAUUGGCUGAAAAUACCCACAUUAAAAAUAAGGUUACAGUCAAUUAAAAUUGACCAUUAACUGGCAAAAUUGUAAAUGUAGAUGGAAAAACUGGAAAACUGGAAAAGUAGGAUGUUUAGUAACUCAGGGGAACAGCAUAGUCAAGGCCACCAAGGCCCACUUUCCAUUUAAAAAAUUUGAUUUUUGUUUUCCAUCUAUUUUUUGGUAUUGCCCUCUGAGAAGAGUAACAGUGCCAACAGGUAUUCUCUUAUUCCAUUUAGAGAGGAAACUUCCCUUUUUUCUUACCUAUAGAUGACAGGAUUCAUUUAAUUUUGGUCUUUUUUUUUUUUUUUGCUAUCAGCACAGGUUUGAAGAGGAGACUGUUAGUCAUCUGAGCUCUCUUUACCAACAGGCUAGGGUGGAACAGCUCACAGCAACACUGCAGAGCUUAGUAACACAAUGUUAGAGCUUUUGUUUUUUUUGACGGGUUUUAUCCUCUUUCCCCACACCCAUUUUUCCCCCUUUCAUUUUUAAGGUUGGGGGAGAUGACCCUUAACCAAGAACUAGAGAAAUAAUUAAAUCUCUCUGGAAAAAGGAAAGCUAAAGAGGGCUACAAUACUGUACCCACGUAGUAACCAAGAGCUAGUUCGGAAUUGUUUAUAUUCCUUUCUGUAGCUUGCCUGGGAUUUCAAUCACCUUUCUGCAAAGAGUGGGCUGGUAAUACAAAUCCAUAUACAACUCUGAGAAUACCCACUGCCAACAACUAAAAGCACGAUACUAAAUUUUUUAGCCAAAAUUCUGCACUAACACAUGUAAUUUCUUAAUGUGCCUAAGUUAAUUUCUGUACCAAUUCAAUGAAUGGAAUUGAUUGAACUUCCCAACUCCACUAAUUAUUAAAACCCAUCUGCUUAUUCCAAUGCUAGUCACUAAGAGCUAGACUCCAUCUUUCCAAUAAAAAUGAGCUCUGUGUAGCACUAAGUCUGAAUCCUAAAAUCCAAACCGAUAAAUUUUCUUAAAGCAUGUUUCCUACAUGCAGCUAUCAGGGGGAAAGGUUAUAAAUGUCCUGUUCUCUCUGAAGUGUGGAUAUCAGUAUGAAAUUUUUUAAAGAAUAUUUUUAGCAGCUGACUUACAUGAUCAUUUUCCUCACAGAGCAAUUCAGUGAUAACCCUGUCUCUGAAGUUUGUUUGGGGACAUGCUUUUGCUAUCUUUUUGGUUAAAGUCCUUCAGCCAGAAAAAGACAAAGAUAAAGGCAAUAGGGCCAUCCAUAGAUAAAUGUUUCUCUACUUAACCUGGGGCAAACUCAUAGUACUUGAAUAAGGCCAAAAACAAAUAGAAAAUGACUGUUCAAUCUUUCAUACUGCAAACAUAUAAACAUAUGAAAACUUCUGCUACUCUUUCAAUUAACCUUUUCUUCCUCAGUGAUAAAAAAAAAAAAAGAAAAAGUCUGAUAUGGAAUGUUUGG